AAAAGUUAUUUCCAAGAAAUGUAUUUUUUAACAAUGAAAUCAAGUGUUGAAUAAAUUGUUGAAUAAAUUGCUAAACAAUGGCACCAAAGAAGUCAUACACAAGAAGUAAGACAAAGAGCAAAGAAUCUUCAAUAACAAGCAGUAAUCAAACAAACACUGGUUUACGACGCUCUUCAAGAACUUCGUCCAAAUCGUUGACCAAAUCGACCGCCAAAAGCGUGUAUUUUGAUGAUGAGUCUGAUGUCGAAGACAUGGAUGCCAUCAGUGAUAUCAUCGAUGACGUCGACGACGAAUACGACGAACAAGAGUUUACGCCAAAGAAGAGCAAACGCGAGACAAAACGUAAACGAAAUGUAAAGAAAAAUAGUAAACGAGUUGUGAAAACAGCGAUUAAUAGUCAAGAAGACAAUAGCGAUUCAGAUGACAAUGCAGACGAUUGGGAGGAAGUAAAAGACGACAUCUGUCUCGACGACUAUAAUCCUGAAAUACCUUCAGAAGGCGUUGAGAUAACUAUCAAUGGAGUAGAGGUCAAGAAAAAUAAGAAAUCCAUUGAUAUAAACACUUUGAUUCGGCAAAGAAUUAAUGGUUUUAAACGUAGAUUACAAGCAAUGAAACACAAAACCUCUUUAGUUUGUCUUAUUGCAAGAAUUGUGUAUUUAAAUAAUGUUAUUAACGAUGAGUUGAUUCAAGCGAUAUCUUUGUCUAUUGUUGUCAAUCAAUUCAAAUCCUGUUCUCAAAAACUUAACAGUAAAUUCUUGAAUCAAUUUAUUGAUUGGUUUUCAAAGAAUUUUAGUGUCAAAUAUAAGAAAUGUGAUAUAAAUGAUAAUAUUAAAGAUAUUUUAUGUCAAUGUCUUGAACAAAGAGUGGCUCAAAAUAGCAGUCAAUUAAAUAUGAUUUUUAUUGCUUUAUUGAGAAGUUUGUGUCAAAAUUACAAUUUAAGACUUUGUUAUGCUUUAAAUCCAGUUGACAUUAAACCAGACGACUUGAUUCUUAGUGAAAAUCAGAUGAAAUUAAAGAAAUCAUCUAAUUGUCAGUCUUUGGAUGAGUUAAAAGAAAAAACAAAAACGAAGACAAAAUCAAAGAAACGUAAAGUUGAAGACAAUGAUUGCAAUGAUAACGAAAUGGUUACAAAUUUAUCAUUAGAUCUCUGGUGUGAGGCUUAUGUGGAAAGUGAACGCAAAUGGAUUUGUUUAGAUUUGUUUAAUAAUUUUGUGGACAAACCAACCGAUAUAUCCUCUAAAUCGUUGUCUCAAUUAACUUAUGUCAUUGCAAUUGAUUCUGAUGGAUAUCUUCGAGAAGUGACUCAACGAUAUUCAUCAGACUGGAUGUCUGCUAAUUAUAAAAGACGUAGAAUUGAUGAUAAUUGGUGGUCACAGACAUUGCUAUUCUUUGAGCGAAAAACAAAAAGUUGUGCCGAAAAAUCUGAGGAUUUAGAGUUUAAAGAAAUGACUUCAACAACACCUUUGCCGACAAAAGUUAGCGAUUUCAAGAACCAUCCGUUAUAUGUACUUAAAAGGGAUUUAUUAAAAUUUCAAGGCAUUUACCCCUCAGACGCACCUCCUCUUGGUUUUAUAAAAGACGAAGCCGUCUACGCCCGAGAAUGUGUUCAUUUGUUGCGAUCAAGAGAUUCAUGGCCUAGAAAUGCUAGAACUGUUAGAACCAAUGAAACUCCCUAUAAAAUAGUAACCUCUAGACCUAAAUGGGAUAAAUAUGCAAAAGUAUUUCGCAAAGAUUUACCACUGGAGGUGUUUGGUGAGUGGCAAACGGAUCCCUAUACACCACCCGAAGCUAAAGAUGGUUUAGUCCCUCGCAAUAGCUUUGGUAAUGUUGAUCUCUUUCAGCCCUCAAUGUUGCCUAAAGGUUGUGUGUAUUUGCAAUUACCCGGACUUUUACGUAUUGCCAAUAAGUUAAAGAUAGAUUGCGCACAGGCUAUAGUUGGCUUCGACAAUAACCUUGGCUGCCAAGGGGUUCAUCCAAAAAUGGACGGUUAUGUUGUUUGCCAAGAGUUUAAAGAUAUUUUAAUUGACGCCUGGGAUGAGGAACAAGACAUUUCAAGAAAACGUGAAAUCAAAAAGAAAGAGAAACGGGUUUACGAUAACUGGAAAAAAUUAAUUAAAGGUUUACUUAUUAGAGAAAAUGUUAAACAAAAGUUUAAAUACAAUGAAUAA